GGGGGCGGAGUGCGCUGCCGAGGGGCGCAGCGGGGACCAGGCACAGGGAGGAGCCGGUGGGACAAGAGCCGGGGCCUCCUGGGGCCCAGGAGAACUUUCUUCUUCAUACAACUGUGCCGGGAGGAUCCGCUUCAGGAUACGGAUCCAAAGGGAGCGUGAGAUGCCAAGACAGCGCCGCUGAUCUGCCCCAGCCCAGCUGGAAAGACAGCCCUUGCCUGCUCCUUCACCAAAGCAAACAGUUAAGUGCAACCUUUUCCUUCAUCCCUGCCCCCCCACCCUCCUUUCCUCCAGCAUCCGCUGCCCACAGCUACGUUCUUCCCACCCUCUCCCGCUGACCGUCUGCUCCUACUGCAGCCAAGGACCACAUCCCACCUCCCACCAUGGAGCUGAACCAGACCGUCCCACCUCCCACACCACUCCUGCCAGAGACCGAUGGAGAUGAGCUGUGCGGGAUGGAGGUCACCGGCAUGGCCAUAGAUGGUGUGACGCUGCUCAUCUGCCUCUGCGGGCUGCUGGGGAACGGGGCCGUCCUCUGGUUCCUUGGUGUCCGCAUACGCAGGAACCCCAUCACCGUCUACAUCCUCAACCUGGCCGUCACCGACUUCAUCUUCCUCCUCCUCAUGGGAACCUCCUCCCUCCUGUACAUGAUAGAGAAUGCCUCUUGCUCCACUGUUCUGUCUCUGCGGUUCCUGAAGGCGCUUUUCCUGCUCUCACUCUUCUCCUACAACAUGGGCCUGUACCUCCUGACAACCAUCAGCAUCGAGAGGUGCGUGUCCAUCCUCUGCGCCAGCAUCCACCGCCCCCGGCACUUGUCAGCUGUGGUGUGUGUCCUGCUCUGGGCCCUCUCCAUCGCUGUCAUUGCCACAGUGACUUCUCUGUGCCUCUUGCACGAGCAUGAGCACUGCCGGAUGGCUCUCAUCUUCAUGUACGUCCUCAAUUUAUUCAUCUUUGCACCAACCAUGGUCAUUUCCAGCAUAAUCACUUUCAUUAAGGUCCUGUGUGGCUCCCAGCAGCACCAACCCAAGAGGUUCUACGUUGCUAUCUUCCUCACCAUCCUCUUCUAUCUCAUCUUUGGGCUUCCCCUCAGCAUCUGGAAUUUCCUGCAGCAGUUUGACUACCCCGUCAUUUCCUACCAGGUUGUUUUCCUGCUCGCCUGCAUCAACAGCAGCAUCAAGCCCUUCAUCUACUUCUUGGUGGGGAGCUGCAGGAGGCACUGCUCCUUGGUGUCGCUCCGGGUCGCCUUCCGGAGGGUCUUCAAAGAGCCAGAAGACAACACAGCAUGCAGCAACGCUAUUAGGAUGGACCCACUGGCCCCAGCCAGUUGAAGCCUUUCCAGCCUUGCUCUGCUUAAGGCCCCCGGCUCAGUGCCUGAGGGCUUCCUUGGUGUCCUGGUUUGGGCUGGGACAGAGUUCAUUUUCUUCCCAGGAGCUGGCACAGCGCUGUGUUUUGGACUGAGCGU